UGACGUCAGUUUGCAGAACUAGCUCUGCCCUGUCUCCCUCAGUGUCUGUGAAACUCCUCUCGCUGAGAAUUGCUGGAGUAGAUGUGCUCGGCUCUACCUGCUCACGCGCCCGGACCUCGCGGACUGAAUGCAAUGAUUCCUGGUGCACAUUUAAAGUGGACUAAAACAGCUACGCGAUGAACACCUGCGCCUUUCUGCUCAUUUUGACUGUUCAGAUCUACGCCGAUGGCAUUGAAGGGCCAACAGCGGCAGGCUGCACAUUUGAGGAGGACUCUGACCCCAAUCUGUGCGACUUCGCCCAAGGGGAGGAGGAUGACUUUGACUGGCUGUUGUUUCGGACCUACAGCUCACCUUACACCAGCUCUGACCUCCUACGAGGAUCCUAUAUGUUGGUGAACUCCUCCCAGCAUGCCGUGGGUCACCGUGCUCAGCUGCUGCUGCAGACGCUGAGUGAAAACGACACUCACUGCGUCCAAUUCAGCUACUUCCUGUACAGUCGGGACGGCCACAGUCCAGGGGCCCUGAGGGCCUACGUGCGUGUGAACGGAGGUCCGCUUGGCAGCCCUGUGUGGAACACGUCAGGGUCUCACGCCAAACAGUGGCACCAGGUGGAGCUGGCUGUCAGCACCUUCUGGCCAAAUGAGUACCAGGUGCUGAUUGAGGCGACAGUUUCCAGGGAGCGACGCGGCUACAUCGCCUUAGACGACAUCAUGGUGCUCAACUAUCCCUGCUAUAAAGCACCACACUUCUCCAGGCUCGGAGAUGAGGAGGUCAAUGCUGGGCAAAAUGCUACUUUCCAAUGUGUUGCUGCUGGAAGAGCUUCAGAGGCAGAGAAGUUCCUGCUGGAGAGACACAAUGGGGACAUUUUAACAGCAGCGUCAGUCAAGCACUUGAGUCACUGGCGCUUUGUGGUAUCCUUCCAGCUAGACAGCGUCCAGCGGACAGAUCAAGACCUUUACCGCUGUGUCACUCAGUCUCCCAGGGGCUCCGGGGUCUCAAACUUUGCUGAACUUGUAGUCAAAGUACCUCCAUCCCCCAUUGCGCCACCCCAGCUGCUGCGUGCUGGCUCCACUUACCUGAUCAUCCAGCUUAACACCAACUCUAUCCUGGGAGAUGGCCCCAUUAUCAGGAAGGAGAUUGAGUACCGCGCCAGCCAGUCUCCGUGGUCAGAGGUGCACGGAGUCAACAUGGUCACAUAUAAGCUCUGGCACCUGGAUCCAGACACGGAGUAUCACAUCAGUGUGCUGCUGACUCGGCCAGGUGAAGGGGGGACUGGACCACCUGGACCACCCCUUGUUAGCCGGACCAAGUGUGCAGAGCCGAUGCGUGCAUUGCGAGGCCUCACAGCGACAGACAUCCAGCCCAGACAGUUGUCCCUGCAGUGGGAGAAUUUGGCGUUCAACCUGACACGCUGCCACACCUACUCAGUGUCCCUGUGCUACCGCUACACCACAGCGGGAGGCGGCGGAGGCCACAACACCACGGUGCGCGAGUGCCUGGCAGUGGAACACAACGCCUCACGCUUCACGCUGCGUGAUCUGCCACCCUACCACGGCAUCCAUGUCCGCCUGUCACUGGCCAACCCAGAGGGGAAGAAAGAGAGCAGAGAGGUCACCUUUCAGACCGAGGAGGACAUUCCCGGAGGCAUCGCACCAGAGUCGCUCACCUUCACCCCACUGGAUGACAUGAUCUUUCUGAAGUGGGAGGAGCCUGUCGAGCCCAAUGGCCUCAUUACACAGUAUGAGAUCAGUUACCAGAGUAUCGAGUCAUCUGAUCCAGGCAUCAAUGUGCCAGGACCAAGAAGAACCGUGUCCAAGCUGAAGAACGAGACCUACCACAUGUUUUCCAACCUCCACCCUGGGACGACUUACCUAAUCUCAGUCCGAGCACGAACGGCAAAGGGCUUUGGGCAGACAGCCCUUACUGAAAUCACCACCAAUAUUUCAGCUCCAACAUUUGACUAUGGAGACAUGCCCUCUCCUCUGAGUGAAACCGAGAACACCAUAACUGUCCUGCUGCGCCCCGCCCAAGGCAGAGGGGCACCUGUCAGUACUUACCAGGUGGUGGUUGAAGAGGAAACAGGGAAAAAGGUGAAGAGAGAGCUGGGCCUCCAGGAGUGCUUCCCUCUGCCGAUGUCUCAUGGCGAAGCGCAGGCCCGAGGCACGCCGCACUACUACACAGCAGAGCUUCCGCCCAGCAGCCUUCCUGAGGCCAGCCCCUUCACGGUGGGGGACAACCACACUUACAACGGCUACUGGAACAGCCCUCUGGACCCUCGUAAAAGCUACCUCGUCUACUUCCAGGCUAUGAGCAACUUCAGAGGGGAAUCCAGAAUAAACUGCAUUCGCAUCGCUCGCAAAGCUGCCUGCAAAGAUCACCGUAAGGCGCUGGAAGUGUCCCAACACUCUGAGGAGAUGGGUCUGAUUCUCGGGGUGUGUGCCGGUGGCCUCAUUGUCCUCAUCCUUCUGCUCGGCGCCGUCAUCAUCAUCAUUAAGAAAGGAAGGGACUACUACUCUUACUAUCCGAAACAAGUGAACAUGAAUAAGACACCCAUUACCUACCGACAGGAGAAGAGUCAUUUAGGCUCCAUGGAGCGCAGUUUCACAGACCAGAGCACCCUACAGGAGGAUGAAAGGAUGGCUCUUUCCUUCAUGGAUGCACACACCUGCGGCACACGCAGUGAUGCUCGUAGUUCAGUGAAUGAGGCUAGCAGCCUGCUGGGAGGCUCCCCGAGGCAUCAGUGUGGACGUAAAGGCUCGCCCUACCACACAGGGCAGCUUCACCCCGCUGUCCGAGUGGCUGACCUUCUCCAGCACAUCAACCAGAUGAAAACCGCCGAAGGCUAUGGCUUUAAGCAGGAGUAUGAGAGUUUCUUUGAUGGCUGGGACUGCACAAAGAAGAAGGACAAAACCAAAGGAAGGAAUGACACCUUGUUAGGGUACGACCGUCACAGAGUUAAGCUCCACCCUCUCCUGGGAGACCCCAACUCGGACUACAUUAACGCUAACUACAUUGACGGCUACCAUCGAUCCAACCACUUCAUCGCCACUCAGGGACCCAAGCAGGAGACUCUGUAUGAUUUCUGGAGGAUGGUGUGGCAGGAAAAUUGUUUCAGCAUCGUCAUGAUCACUAAGCUGGUGGAGGUUGGCAGGGUGAAAUGUUGUAAAUACUGGCCUGAUGACAGUGAAAUGUACGGGGACAUUAAAAUCACUCUGCUGAAGACAGAGACUCUGGCUGAAUACACUGUCCGCACCUUUGCUUUGGAAAGGAGAGGAUACUCAACCAAGCACGAGGUGCGUCAAUUCCACUUCACAUCCUGGCCUGAGCACGGUGUACCCUAUCAUGCCACAGGACUGUUGGCCUUUAUAAGGAGAGUGAAAGCUUCGACUCCCCCUGACGCCGGCCCUGUUGUGGUUCACUGCAGUGUGGGGGCGGGCCGCACCGGCUGCUACAUCGUGCUUGAUGUCAUGCUGGACAUGGCCGAAUGUGAAGGAGUGGUAGAUAUCUACAACUGUGUAAAAACCCUCUGCUCUCGACGCAUCAAUAUGAUCCAGACAGAGGAGCAGUAUAUCUUCAUCCAUGAUGCCAUCUUGGAGGCCUGUCUGUGUGGAGAGACGGCCAUCUUGGUGAACGAGUUUGCUGUCACCUACAAGGAGAUGCUGCGAGUGGAUUCCCAGAGUAACUCCUCUCAGUUGCGGGAGGAGUUUCAGACGCUCAACUCCGUGACCCCCCACCUGGAUGUGGAAGAGUGCAGCAUCGCUCUGUUGCCCAGAAACCGGGAGAAGAACCGCAGCAUGGAUGUGCUGCCGCCUGAUCGUGCCCUGGCCUUCCUAGUUACAACAGAAGGAGAGAGCAACAACUACAUCAACGCAGCUCUGGCCGACAGCUUCCACCGACAGGCCGCGUUCAUUGUAACCCCUCACCCUCUGCCUGGCACCACGGCUGACUUCUGGAGGCUGGUCUUUGACUAUGGCUGCACAGCCGUGGUCAUGCUCAACCAGCUGAAUCAGUCCAACUCUGCCUGGCCGUGUGUCCAGUACUGGCCGGAGCCAGGCUUACAGCAGUAUGGGCCCAUGGAAGUGGAAUUUCUGUCCAUGUCAGCAGAUGAGGAUGUCAUUACUCGUCUGUUCCGGGUCAAGAACGUAACAAGGCUCCAGGAGGGCCAGCUGGUGGUGUGUCAGUUCCAGUUUCUACGUUGGUCGGCGUAUCGUGAUGUCCCUGACUCGAAGAAGGCUUUCCUCAACCUGCUGGCGCAAGUGCACAAGUGGCAGAGGGAGUGUGGAGAAGGACGCACUGUGGUCCACUGCCUUAAUGGUGGCGGUCGCAGCGGCACCUUCUGUGCCUGCAGCAUCCUCCUGGAGAUGAUCCAGUACCAGAACAUGGUGGACAUCUUCUAUGCUGUCAAAACUCUACGCAACUGCAAACCCAACAUGGUGGAGUCCCUGGACCAGUAUCGAUUCUGCUAUGACCUUGUCCUGGAGUACUUGGACUGCUUUGAUGAUAGAUAGCAACUAAAUGUUUACCACAGCGGCAGUAUCCCACGCACUGCAGAUUUGAUUUUGAUGGCACCCAGUGACCCCUCUGCUUUAAUGUUUGGACCUGUGGCCUCAGCGCUGAAUGGACUACAAAGUGAGGAGAGGAAAAAGAAAACAUGGUCAUGGUUUUAACUUUCAACCUUUAAUGUACAGCUGUGAUUUUCCUCCUUGUUGGUGAUGUUUCUCUCUUUUGAUAUUUUUUGUGCUUUUCUUGGUCCUCUUUGCCUCUGGACUACAACUCUUUUGUGCUGAGAGUUUCAGUAGCAGUAAAACAAUCUUUCCAGCUACAAAAUGGACCCGUCUGGUUUGAAGAGGGGUCACAUCAGCUGUGUUUCAUUUUUUUCACUCAAAUAGAAAAGUGGCUGGAUCACAGUCCAGACUCUUAACAGGAUUAUUAAAAGGUGGAAGCAUUGUCCUCUUUCUUAAGAGCUACAUACAACAGCAGUCCACUGUGGUUGUGGCAUGACUUAUCUACCAUACCAUAAACUGCCUUAUAAAUGAUGCUCGGACAGAUUUAUUCAAAUCAAUGAAUAAAUCCAGAAGGUUACUACACUGGUGUAAAAACAGCAUCAGGAGCUUCUAAGAGGAUAUCUACAGGAAUAAGACAGAGCCCAGUCCUAAGCAGUAUUGAUGCAGAAACUGUAUAGUCGUACAAUGUGUUGUAUUUUGCCAUAGCGUCUGAGCUGGAUUACCAUGUGUGCUAAAGGUGGAUAUUACCAGGGACCACGGCUCCUGGUCCUGAGCCACCAUGGGAGAUUCCUAUCCCAUUACUGUCACAGUGCCAAUCCCACUGACUGACUUGAAUCAUCUCUUUAUGUUGUUCUUGAUAUAUGCCUACAAACAUUCAGUAUGUACUGCACUUGAAAGCAAUUGUUUGUAUGUCCCGCCUAGCGAGGAGGAAAAGGAAGGUGCAGAAAUAGAAACACCCAGACCUGCUAUAGUGGUAUAGAAAUGAUCCUCCUUUAUGCUAUGGUUGAAAGGAGUAAGGUUAGAGAGAACAUAACCUUAAUCCUUUAAAAGAAACCCUUACCAGUCACAGGUUUGAGUCUGCUAUUUCUUCUUUCUUUCAUCAUCUGAGGCGUUAUGUUGUACUCGUCAAAGCAAGUUAAAUUUAUCUUUACCUUUUUUACAUGGAGAUUAUACACAAGUAUAAAAAUGGGCAUUAACAUUGUGCAGAAGGAAAAAUGCUACUUUGAAUCCCCUCUUACCACUGAGAAAACAGGUGUUUUCACUUGUAAGCAUUCUCAGUAUCUCAAAAAAGAAACAGUGUUAUAAAAAAGGAGAUUAAGCAGGGCUAUCCACAGACAUAUGGAGUAGUCAGCCUGUAGGAAAGAGUGGCCGACUAGGGGGUCCGAAAGCUUUCCUGCCUCGGGGCAUUAAACAAAGUGAGGCACAAUAAUAAGAGGGUAUCUGGGGGUUGUCUACAGAAGAUGUAGAGCACCUAACGCCUAUUUCCCUGCAACUGUAGGAAUAUUUAAACAAUAGUGUGUGGUUCGAAUUUGAUUAUGUAAAACUAAAACACAAAGUUAUAGAACAAUAUCACAAAACAUUUGGUUACUUCAUGCAUAUUGCUAUUUUCCUUGUUAUUUUUCUUUUCCAUUUAUCAGUUUAGCCCUAAAAUGAAUGAAAACUUUUAGAGCUUAAAACCGGAGUCAUAUCAAAGCAAACAUAAGGGAUAAAUUUGUGGUUUUAUCACCAUAAAAUCAGUUUUACAUUUCAGUAGAAAAGAAACAGACUACUCUACUUUGAUUUAGUCUGUAACAUACAAGAUAAACAAGUCACAACACUUGAGUGAAACUUUUCUUUAAGUCACCAAUAGGUUGUCCGCAGAUAAUGUCAUAGUAGAGAACUCCAGAUAGGGGGCAUGAACUGAUUUUAGCAUACAGGAGUGCUAUCUAACGGCCCACGUUUUGUGCUGUUUACCACAGCUGUUCAAAUUGUGGAAAACAAAACGAUCUCUCAGAGAAACGACAGCAGACAUGGAUUAAACGCCUCAGUCUAAAGUCUGGAUGAUCUGACUCAGACAAUGCUUGUAUAUGGUCCAUUUUAAGUGGUCCAGUAUGGUUCAGUACAGUCUGGCUUGGUUAGGCUCAGUAAACCUUGAUUUUGUCUGUGUUUCCACAGAUGAUGUCAGUCCAUCCCUUUUUACAGAUUGGGAUCUUUUGGCUCAGCUGUUUUGGUUGCCAAACAACUCCUAAUUUUGUGCCAGUUUGGCUUUUAAAAUGUGGAUAAAAUAACAAAAACUAAAGAAAGGAAACUAGCUGUCAAACAGGAGCUAGCUCCAGUGGUUCAAAAAGAAGAGGCAACUUUGGGAACAGGCUCAUUUCCAGGCCCAGUCGCUUUUUCCACAAGGUUUGUUUGGUUAUAAGUAUAACAUAAGUAAAAGAUAUUUGUGACAAAAUGAGGGAGAAAAGCUGUUAAAGUGGUGCAGCUAGCCUCAGUAAAAGACUCCACAAGAACUCUAGUCCCCCUUCAUCUGACUAGGUGUGUAGUCUGCAGGAUGGAGUAAUUUGUGAUAUCGAUGGCCUCCAUGCCAGGUAAAUCAGUUAACCCGUGGGAAAAAUCCCUUUUUUUAAAGUGUAGGGAUCAUACUCAUUGUAUGUAGAAAUUUUCUGAAGAUUAUUCAUUUCUGGUGACUGUUUGCAGGUUUACUUAGAGUUAUAAUAUAUUAACUUUCCUCCAUUUCCAUUGAUUCCUUACUGGUGUUAUUUACUUCCUGCUGCCCCACCCGACUGUCAACAUCAUCAGGGUCACAUCACUGCAAGCAACCUACUGGAGAAAAUCAUCCGACUGUAAUUCAGUAGGAACUUAAGGACAGAAACUACUCAAAAAUCCUGAAUUUAUAGUUACAAAAACAUUCAGCACACAUAAUGACCUUUAUUUUAAAAAGAAGUUAAUUUAUUUACAGCUCCAUAACUAGGAAAAUAUUUAUCCUUCACUUCAUUAUUAACCUCUUAAAUAUGGUAUUCUCCUUGCCGGCUCCUGAAACUCCUUUAAGUACAGGAUUUCAAAGAAGUUGUCUCUCCAGGACCUGCCCUAAUAAACAAGGAGAGACACACACUCUGAGAAGAGGCAGCUAGGUGAACUCUGCUGCGAGUUUGCGGCUCACGCUCUGCUUCAGGUGCAGGACUAUGUGAGGAAUCUAAACAGUAUUCAGACAUCAGCAGGCUCCCACAGGUUCACUGAUAGAGCAGCUCAUUUUUGAUGAGGAUGAAGUCAUGAGGAAGCUGAAGUGUAGUCAGUGAUCUGGUGCAGGAUCACUGAAAGGAAGUGCCUGGACACUUUUUGGUCGAGAGUGGAAGGAUUGUGUACAUACAGAUGUAUAUUAUGUUCUGUGAAUACUUUGUGAAUAAUAUACUAUAUGUUUGCCGAGAGUAAAGACGUAACCACUACAUAACCACCAAGGUGAAUGUGCUGUAAAUGAACAUUUUGUGAGUUUUAUUGCCAGAAAUUUUAACAAGAGUCUGAGUAAAACAUGUCUGUUCAAGCAUGUGUGAAUCCAUCACAUUUCAUAAAGUUGAUUUCAAAAUAUUCCACAUCUUUGCUGUGUUUUCCAGCAGCCUCCACCGUGUGAGUGCAUUGUACUUUUACCAUUCCAAAGCUUUUUAUUCUCUCGGAGAGUCCCGUAGAUUUCACUCGUGCGUCUCUAUGAACCGACAGAAAAUGACUACUGUGUUUUUGCCCAUUGUAUUUGUGGGGGGAAAGGUGUGUAUUUAAUGAGAGAAUAUGCAGAAGACGUGUAUUUUGGGGUCAGGAUGGGGGUAUGUUCAGAGGAAUAACAAUAAAAGAACAA